AUGGCGGACUCGUUAAGCUCUAGUUCUGGGCUCCACCGCUUACUGGAUUCGAUAGGACAAUGCUCUGGGUCUAAUUUUCGCGUGUGGAAGGAGAGUUUUGAGCAUGUCAUCAACAUCCAUGCACCAGAGCUUCUUACGGUUUUGCGCGGAUCGGCUCGGCCGGACCCUCUGGCGGCUACUCAGGCCGACGUUGCCGCCUGGGACAAGGCCAAUAGCCGCCUCUACUCUCUCCUGUUCUUCGCGACUUCCAGCUCGGCGCGGCUCACCGUCCAGGCUCACCGAAAUGCGGGCACCAGCACCGACGGCAACGGACAGUCAGCUUGGGCAGCUCUGAACGCGCGGUUUGAUGCCUGCACCCAAGAAGCUCGGCGUGCGUGCCACCGGGAUCUCUUCGGCCUCAAGCACGUUGCGGGUGGCGAUCCCAUCGACUUCUUCUCCAAGGCGUGCGAGCUGAGGCUCCGCCUUGAGACACUGGGGGAGACAGUAUCCGACGACGUCUACCUGGAUAUCACGCUCUCGGGCCUGACGUCCGUCCCGGAGUUCCACUUCAUCCGGGAGAUGCACUACCGCAACGAGUUUACGUCGGUCGACGAUCUGCAGGACACGGCCACCCGCUUCUUUGUGGACCAGCAGUCGCGCAAGGCGGCGGGACCCGCGGUCUCGGGCAGGGGAGCCGCGAUGGCCGCAUCCAGCAGCGACCAGUGUCACCGCUGCAAGGAGUUUGGGCACUUCCAGCGUGACUGUCCGAAGUCUGCGCCGCUGUCCCGCGCAAGGAAAGGCAAGAAGCCGAAGCCGCGCAAGACGCGCGGAGGUGGCUGGACUGGGCAGUCCAAGUGGUGCUCCUUCCACAGGACGACGACGCACAGCGAUGCUGAGUGCAAGGCUCAACACAAGAAGAAACAAGAGGAGCUUCAAGGAUUGGCUGCGAACCUGGCCCUGCUUCAGGCAGCUGGCCCGGCCAAUUUCGCCCACCUUGGGAGCGCCCACUUGGCGCAGCCGUUUCAGGCGGCAGCGCCCCAGGCGGCAGCGCCCCAGGCGUCUCAGGCUCCUUCGGAACCCACCACGUUCGGGUUCUCUUUCAACGCUCUCGGCGCCUCUGCAGCCCCUGCCGCCUCGCAGGCGGCUUCCGCGUCUGCCUCGUCCGCAUCUCCUGCGCGGGACCACCACCUGCCUUCUGGGUACUUCGGUGCCUUUAUGGCCUCUUUUGCGGAGGAAACGUCCCCGGCUCUUCCUCGCUCCGAUGGAUCGUCUAUCCUAAUGUUGAUGGAUAGCGGAGCGACGGACAACUAUCUCGAUCCUGCGCUUACGCCUGGCGUACGGGCUCACAUGCGCGACAUCGAAGACCUUCGGAUUCCGCUUCCGAUCAUUACCGCCGGGCAGCACGUUCUUCACGGCGUUACGACGGGGGUGCUCUUCGGCACGGUCACUGACGACAGCGGCCAGGACAGGCAAGUUUCUUUUCGUGUCGUGUUAGUUCCGGGACUGGGGACCAACCUCUUCUCCGUCACCGCUGCGCUGUCGAACGGCGUGGCAUCCCUCUUUUAUCCGGGCAACCCCAGGCUGGAAUCGGCGAACGCAGUCGUACCGAUGAAAAUCCAAGGAGUGAAUAACACCGGGAAGAUCACUUGCUCCAUCACCAUCAAGCUCGGCGCCGAGAAUGGCGGUCGACAGACCCCCGGGGAGACUCCUGACGGACUUGCCUUGAGGGUGGAGACUGCUGAUCUUUGGCACCGGCGCAUGGGGCACAUCAACAACAAGAGCUUGGAUGUGUUGAGGCAGCAGGCGGCCAGCGGCAUCGACUACCGUGGCCACGUGCAGGACUGCAGUGCGUGCCCUCUUGUUCCGGGACUGGGGACCAACCUCUUCUCCGUCACCGCUGCGCUGUCGAACGGCGUGGCAUCCCUCUUUUAUCCGGACAACCCCAGGCUGGAAUCGGCGGACGCAGUCGUACCGAUGAAAAUCCAAGGAGUGGAUAACACCGGGAAGAUCACUUGCUCCAUCACCAUCAAGCUCGGCGCCGAGAAUGGCGGUCGACAGACCCCCGGGGAGACUCCUGACGGACUUCCCUUGAGGGUGGAGACUGCUGAUCUUUGGCACCGGCGCAUGGGGCACAUCAACAACAAGAGCUUGGAUGUGUUGAGGCAGCAGGCGGCCAGCGGCAUCGACUACCGUGGCGACGUGCAGGACUGCAGUGCGUGCCCUCUUGGUAAGAGUUCUCAACAGCCGCACCCCAAGCACGCCGUCUACGGCGUUUCAACCCCCUUUCAGCUCGUUUUCGUUGACACCCUUGGCCCAUUCACGCCUACUGCGUUGGGCGGUUUCAAAUACGCCACCAAGUUUGUCGACCAACACACCAAGUGGAAGGAGGUCGUUCUUAUGAAGGAUAAGACUUGCUCAAUUGACGCCCUCGAGUUGUUCAACAAGGGAACCGUCAUCCCCCGUAGCGCACGCAUCCAUGUGCUACGUGCGGAUAAGGGGACCGAGUUUACGAACGCGGCUUACCGACAGUACUGCCUGGACGUUGGCAUUCAGCUGCAAUUUGCGUCUCCAAACACCCCCCAUCAGAUCGGAGCGAAUGAGCGUGCCGGCCGAACGAUCAUGAACAUCGUGCGUUGCAUGCUCGCUGAUUCUACGCUGCCGAGCCUUCUUUGGGGAGAACUGAUGCAGACGGCGGUCUACCUGAGCAACCGGACUCCUCAUGCAGCCUUGCACAACGGAACGCCGCACAAGGCGCUGUUUAGCACGGACGCGCACCUUGGACACCUUCGGGUGGUCGGGGCACGGGCGUUUGUGCAUGAAGAGACGCACACUAAGAAAUUGGACAGCCGUGNGGUCUACCUGAGCAACCGGACUCCUCAUGCAGCCUUGCACAACGGAACGCCGUACAAGGCGCUCUUUGGCACGGACGCGCACCUUGGACACCUUCGGGUGGUCGGGGCACGGGCGUUUGUGCAUGAAGAGACGCACACUAAGAAAUUGGACAGCCGUGCAUGGGAAGGACGACGAGGGGAGAGUCGCAACGGUAUCUUCAUCGAAACGAACCCCGCGCCGCCUUCGUUGGACGAGCGUGGGUUUGACGACGGGGAGUUCACUUACGCCGACCACGACGACAUGAUCCGAGAUGUGCGCAACUACACCACCAACCACUCGGUCGAUGCGCUUUCUCCCACUCAUGCCGUCGGGGAUCCGUCUGUUCUCGAGCUUCUCGAGGACAUCUCCACCGUCCACAACCGUGACCUUGGGACCAACUCCGCAGACCCUGCUCCUGCCGCAGAGGAUGCGCCUGCGGACGACAGCCUUGCCUCGCCUGGAGGAGUCAGCCCUCCUGAGCCGGUGACGCCCGCGGUGGCUCUUCGCGUGGUGCAUCUACGCGUGGUGGGCGUGGCUCGGGACGCCACGUUGGGCUUCACGGAAUACGCACACACCGUAGGGGGAGUACAACCAGACGUUCCUAGAACCAUUCAGGAAGCACGGGCUUCACCGGACGCAACGAAGUGGAACGCAGCCGCUGAACGCGAGAUGAAAAGCCUCAGCGACCGCAAGGUCUACAAGCUCGUCCCGCGCUCGGCCGUCCCUCCGGAAAGGAAGCGCAUCAAGUCCAAGUGGGUGUUCAAACGCAAGGCCGACGGGACUUUCAAGGGACGUGUCGUGGCCCAGGGUUGGAACCAAGUUCCCGGACUCGACUGCGGCAGCACCUACGCUCCAGUGUGCAGGAUCCAGAGCGUGCGAAUGGUGGCGUGCAUCACAGUUGAGUUCAACCUCAUCUUCGAUCAGAUGGAUGUUUCUACCGCUUUCCUCUACGCGGACAUCCAAGAAGAAGUGUUCGUGGAACAACCACCCGGUUUCGAGGUCAAGGACAAGGAUGGAGGUGACAUGGUAAUGAAGCUGAAUAAGAGUCUCUACGGACUUGCUCAAAGCCCAGGCAACUGGUUCAACACCAUCGAUCCCGUGCUCGUCGAGAUUGGAUUCGUCGCACUCAAGUCAGACCCGUGCGUGUAUUUGUACGAUCACAACGGGGCCAAGAUCUACCUGACUCUCUACGUCGAUGACCUUCUCCUGGCCGGCAACGACUCUGACGCCAUUUCGAUGGUGAAAGGGAAGUUGCAAAAGCGCUUCAAAAUGACCGACCUGGGGGAAGCAUCUCUUGUCCUCGGGAUGGAAAUUAGGAGGGAUCGCGAGGCAAAUACCUUGACCAUUUCCCAGGAAGCGUACUGCAAAUCAAUCCUUGAACGGUUUGGGAUAUCGGGCUCCAAGCCGACCAGUACACCUGGGUACGGCUCCGAAAUCUCUAAUAUCCAACCAGAAGACACACUUCUCGACGAGAAAGAGACCCGCAAGUACCAAGGGAUCGUGGGAUCACUCAUGUACAUUGCGCAAGUGUUGAGAUACGACAUCAUGUACGCGACAGGUCAGCUGGCUCGCCCGAUGGCGAAACCCAGCAAGGUUCACAUGGUGGCGGCAAAGCACACCCUUCGUUACUUGGCUGGAACGAUCGAUUUCAGCAUCACUUACAAGAAAGGUGGUUUCAAGCUCGCGACUUUCUCGGACUCCAACUGGGCGAACAACCCUGACAACGGGAAGUCCACCUCGAGCUACCUGACGGUGCUGGCGAACGCUCCCAUGAGCUUCAGGUCAGGACUGCAAGGUCUGACAGCAAUGUCCACCAUGGAAGCAGAGCUGGUCGCAUCGGCGCUGGCGAUGAAUGAAGCAGUGUUUUUCUCCAACAUGAUGACGGAGCUUGGAUUUGGGAAAGAAUUUGCACAACUGCCCGUGUACUGCGAUAACACGGCUACUCUACAUGCAUUGGGGAACCGGUCCUUCAGCUCGAGGACCAAACACAUCGCGUUGCGGUUCUUCUUUAUUCGAGAACUGGUGACGGAGGGGAAGAUCUCCAUCCAUUACGUCCCGACGGAGGACAACCUCGCCGACAUCGGUACCAAGCAUUUCAACAAACACAGGUUCAAACACCUAAUGGAUCUCAUCAACAACUUCGACGUCAACGAGUUCACCGCCGUCGAAUAUAAAGGAAAAUGA